AUGGCGCCGGUGAGUGGGGUGUCUUUGGCCUCGGAGGUCCGCGGCAAAAAAAGACACGCUGCCGAAGAGCUUGAGGGCGAGCAACGCCUUACGAAAAAGUUUGGAUUGCUGCAUAUUGGUCGUAUUGGCCAGUCUUAUCCGCCAUCGAUAUUGGAUAAUGCUUGCACUAUCAAGAAGACGCCAACCCCAGGCUUUGGGGCCGAACAGCCCAAGCCCCCUGCCGCUGUUGCUGCUGCUGCUACGAAUGAAUCAAUGCAGAUAGACGAGACAAAAGAUAGAAUCUACAUCCACGACCUAGAGAGCGAAUUUGCAAAAAUCGAAGCUGAGGAAAAUAAUGUCGCAAUCCUUCCAGAGAUCGAGAAGAAAUUGAUGUCUGUGCCCAAGUCGGUAUUAAGCACCAAGCCAUCCGCCAGAAAUGAACUGGUCUUGUACCGGCUGCCGUCCUCGCUGAGUGUCCCAGAGCCCCAGGAUAGUGUGCGCAAAGCGAUCAUUGAGGCUAGGGAGCGUGCGCGAGAGAAGGCGAUCGCUGAUCAGAUGGAGAAAGAGAAAGUGGAGGGGGAGGGGGAGGAGAAAAUCAUUACGCAACAUUUUCUGAGUCAUGAGAUGAACGGUUCGUUGAUGGAUUUGCUGCCACCAUCAUCGUCUGCAUUGCUUCCUUCGCCUGAGUCGCUUGAUCUGAAUUCACAGGAUGACCCUGAUGCGAUGGAUAUCGAUAGUGCUUGA